AAAGGCCAGCACAGAAAAGGGCAAGCCCGUUUCUCUCCCCACCUGGAGGUGCUGAUCACUUGUAUUUUGAUUGGGCUUGGAGGCCAGGUGGUGGUGCCUGAGGGAGGGGAAGGAGUUUCUCCACCCAUUCCUAACACCUGCUCAAAGGCAUCCCUAAGGUGGCUUUGGGAUCUCAACACCUCCAGCUCCUCGGUCCCCUACCCCCCUACCGCCAGACUCGUGGAAAGCAGACUGUCUAGGGCCCCGCCCCAGGUAGGAAAGCAUUAUAACCCUCCCUCCCUGUGCUCCUGGAGAAGGCAGAGUUCCCACCUGGGAGCACCCGGCCAGUCAGUCGCCACUGUGUCCCGGGAGCAGUAGGGGGCGGAGCGGCUCUGGGAUCCUGCCCCGCCCGCCUUGAGUCACCCUCUCCGCCUGCUGCCCGCCCUGGAACUCUCCGGGAGUCCUGGCCACUCCGUACCCAGGGACACAGGAACUUGGCCCAACGUCCGCACCGCACUGGGCCCCUGUGUAUACAUACACCUCAUCCCCUGGGAGCCUCGAGGCCGCCUGCAUGGGACUCCAAGGGUUUAUGUCCUCCUCUUGCCUGUGAUUGCAUCCCUGGGAUGGUGCAGGCACCAUGAUCCCCGUGGCCGAGUUCAAGCAAUUCACCGAACAGCAGCCCGCAUUCAAGGUGCUCAAGCCCUGGUGGGAUGUGCUGGCUGAGUACCUCACAGUGGCCAUGCUCAUGAUCGGGGUCUUCGGCUGCACACUCCAGGUGACACAGGACAAGAUCAUCUGUCUUCCCAGUCAUGAGCCCCAGGAGAACGUCUCAGAGGCCCCAUGCCAGCAGCUGCUGCCUCGGGGGGUCUCUGAGCGCAUGGGAGGCCUCCGGGAGCUGAGUGGCCUCAAGAACAACUUGGACCUGCAGCAGUACAGCUUCAUUAACCAGCUGUGCUACGAGACGGCCCUGCACUGGUACGCCAAGUACUUUCCCUACCUGGUGGUCAUUCACACACUCAUCUUCAUGGUCUGCACCAGCUUCUGGUUCAAGUUCCCCGGUACCAGCUCCAAGAUUGAACACUUCAUCUCCAUCCUGGGCAAGUGUUUCGACUCGCCAUGGACCACCCGGGCCUUGUCUGAAGUCUCUGGAGAAAACCAUAAAGGCCCAGCCACUGGGCGGACCGCAGCGACCGCAGCAGCUACAGUAGGGACCGGGUCUGGGAAGGCAAGCGAGGGCGAGAAGGAAAAAGUGCUGGCAGAACCCGAGAAGGUGGUGACUGAGCCUCCAGCUGUCACCCUGCUGGAUAAGAAGGAGGGCGAGCAGGCCAAAGCCCUGUUUGAGAAGGUCAAGAAGUUCCGGGUGCACGUGGAAGAGGGGGACAUCCUCUAUACCAUGUACAUCCGGCAGACAGUGCUCAAGGUAUGCAAGUUCUUGGCCAUCCUGGUCUACAACCUGAUCUACGUGGAGAAAAUCAACUUCCUGGUGGCCUGCAAGGUGGAAACCUCGGAGGUCACUGGAUAUGCCAGCUUCUGCUGUAACCACACCAAGGCCCACCUCUUCUCCAAAUUGGCUUUCUGCUACAUCUCCUUCGUGUGCGUCUACGGGAUCACCUGCCUGUACACGCUCUAUUGGCUCUUCCACCGGCCACUCAAGGAGUACUCAUUCCGGUCUGUACGUGAGGAGACAGGCAUGAACGACAUCCCUGAUGUCAGGAACGACUUCGCCUUCAUGCUGCACCUCAUCGAUGAGUAUGACUCGCUCUACUCCAAGCGCUUUGCUGUCUUCCUCUCCGAGGUCAGUGAGAGUCGCCUGAAGCAGCUCAACCUCAACCAUGAGUGGACACCAGAGAAACUGAGGCAGAAACUGCAGCGCAACUCACGGGGCCGGCUGGAGCUGGCUCUCUGCAUGCUCCCCGGACUGCCUGACACUGUCUUCGAGCUCAGUGAGGUGGAGGCCCUCAGACUGGAGGCCAUCUGUGAUAUCAUCUUCCCCCCGGGACUGUCACAGCUCAAGAACCUUCAGGAGCUCAGCUUGUUGCAUUCGCCAACCAGGCUGCCUUUCUCUUCCCAGAUCUUCCUGCGAGACCGCCUGAAGGUGAUCCAGGUCAAAUGUGAGGAGCUCCGUGAGGUGCCACUCUGGGUGUUUGGGCUCCGUGGUUUGGAGGAGCUGCACCUGGAAGGGCUUUUUCCUCCAGAGCUGGCUCGGGCCGCUUCCCUGGAAAGCCUCCGGGAGCUGAAACAGCUCAAAGUGUUGUCCCUACGCAGCAAUGCUGGGAAGGUGCCAGCCAGCGUGACUGACGUGGCUGGGCACCUGCAGCGGCUCAGCCUGCAUAAUGACGGGGCACGCCUGCUCGCCCUCAACAGCCUCAAGAAGUUGGCAGUCCUCCGGGAGCUGGAGCUGGUGGCCUGCGGGCUGGAGCGCAUCCCCCACGCCAUCUUCAGUCUAGGUGCACUGCAGGAGCUUGACCUCAAAGACAACCACCUCCGGUCCAUUGAGGAGAUCCUCAGUUUCCAGCACUGCCGGAAGCUUGUCACACUCAGGCUGUGGCACAACCAGAUUGCCUAUGUCCCGGAGCACGUGCGGAAGCUCAAGGGCCUUGAGCAGCUCUACUUGAGCCACAACAAGCUUGAGACCCUGCCCAGCCAGCUUGGCCAGUGCUCCAGCCUCCGUCUGCUGGACGUAUCCCACAAUGGGCUGCACUCACUGCCACCUGAGGUGGGCCUCCUCCAGAAUCUGCAGCACCUGGCUGUCUCCUACAAUGCCCUCGAGGCCUUGCCCGAUGAGCUGUUCCGCUGCUGCAAGCUGCGGACAUUGCUUCUGGGUUAUAACCACCUUCGAUACCUCUCACCCUGUGUGGCGGCCCUCAGGGUCCUCAGUCGCCUGGAGCUCAAGGGCAACAGUUUAGAGGCGCUGCCUGAAGAACUAGGUGACUGCACAGCGCUAAAGAAGGCAGGGUUGGUAGUGGAGGACACCCUUUAUGAAGGGCUGCCUUCUGAGGUUCGAGAGAGGCUGGAAGAGGAAUGAUAUCGGGGUGGGGGAGCAGGUCGAAAAACAGGCCAUCGGAUGCUUCCACCCUGUCUACAAAGGAAGAAGGCCAAGGAGCCCCACCAGGAGAGGAGUGGCAAAUGUGUUAGUUCUGUGGGGUCCAGACUAGAUCCUGAGACUGGUUUGUCUGGGAGACACAGGAAGUUGUGGAUUUGGGGUGGAACCUAUGUGGAAACAUUAACCCAGUCACAGAACCCUCAGAUGGAAACCACACCUAUGUCUCUGGCUGGCUGGCCUGCCCUCCCCCUGGUCCUUUCAGCUCAAUUAGUGCCAUGGAUGGGGGUGGGACCCAUCCCAGUGGCAUUUUCAGCCCACUUUCCCAUCAACAAAGCAGCUUAAAUCUGUGGUUGUCUCCCAAGGAAGGGACCCAGACACAAAGGACCAGGUUCCUACACCCCCAUUCCCACUCGAACGCUAUUUUCUUAUAGGCUGUUUGCUGCAGACACUUGUACUUAUAUUUGGCUGUGCACCAAAAUUCACUGAGGCGCUAAGACCAAACAAAACACGUCAGACCCUACCCCUAAAAGACUCAGGAGCAUCGGGUGGAGGCCAGAGAGCACUUGUAAAUGAGCAUGCCACUAAUUCCGACGCAGGUGGUCCUAGGACAGAAUGAUGGAAAAAGCCAGCCUGAAGAGUAUGGGUACUUCUGGGUCUAGAUUCUGAGCUUCUUUCAGGUCUUAGACUCCGAGAAUCUUAUAAAAGCUGGGCACCUCCUCCCUUGGCGAAAUGUUCAUGUACCACACACACAAAACUCUGCGGACAAUUUGCAAGCGGUCCACAAGGGCUAUUCAUGGGCUUCAGGCUAAGAACACCUAUCUUGGAGGCUAUUCUUCCCAAGACAUGCAGGCCUGCUGUCUUUUGGAUGUUCCCUUUGUGAGGGAACAUAAUAGUAGUGGGUGCUCAAUAAAUAAUACUUAUGAGAAUUAUAA